AGCCAGAAGCGGGGGAGUGUAGGACUCUCAGUCUGUGCCCGGCCUCGGACUCGACCGGAGCAGAAUGUUGGGACGCUUUUCUAGCAAAUCGGACGCGCUUUUGUUGUUGUUGUUGUUGUUGUGAUUUUCCGGCUGCUCGAGACGGCGUGCGUGCCGACAUGUGGCGCAGAAACGGGCUGUAACAGGAGAGCAGUGCAUAUAAAGGAAGGCGUUGGGGGGAAGGAGGGGGGGGGGGGGGGGCAGUUAUUGUAAGACUGAAUACCAACAAACUGAGGCCAUAUGAUAAUGCGCGUGCAGGGGCUCUGUGCAUGCUUAAUCCCAUUUCCUUAUCCGGGGUUUGUCCUGGAGGCUCACCAUUGGUCCACCGCCCUCACGUGGCUUCGUAACUUUGUUCACUUGACAGAAAAGUAGGAGGGUUCAACGGAACAGGAAUAACCGAAGAGUAAAGGGAUGAGAUAUAAAUUUUAGUUAUAUAUUUUCCGAGUAGGUGCAAUUCCACAAAAAGACUGAAAUUAAUGGCCAUGAGCUCCUAUUUGAUCAACUCCAACUAUGUGGACCCGAAGUUCCCACCGUGCGAGGAAUAUUCACAGAGCGACUAUCUGCCCAGCCACUCUCCGGACUACUACAGCUCUCAGCGGCAGGAGCCUGCCGCUUUCCAGCCGGACGCCCUCUACCACCACCACCAGCACCACGCAAACCCCCAGAGCCAGCAGCACCGAGGCGAGCCGCCCUACACGCCGUGCCAGCGCGCGGGGCAGCCCGCCUCGGUGGUGAUGUCCCCGCGGGGUCAUGUCCUCCCCCCAACCGCGCUGCCGACCACCCCCGUCCCGGAGCCGAGACACCGCUGCGAUUCCGUGACACCCAGCCCGCCUCCACCUCCGCCUUGCGGCCAAACACCCCACAGCCAAAGCACUUCUUCCCCCGCGAGCACGCGGAAGGACCCCGUCGUCUACCCGUGGAUGAAGAAAGUCCAUGUAAACAUCGUGAGUGCAAACUACACAGGGGGUGAGCCGAAGCGGUCGCGGACGGCCUACACGCGCCAGCAGGUCCUGGAGCUCGAGAAGGAGUUCCACUACAACCGGUACCUGACGCGCAGGCGCAGGGUGGAGAUCGCGCACACACUGUGCCUGUCAGAGCGGCAGAUCAAGAUCUGGUUCCAGAACCGGAGGAUGAAAUGGAAGAAGGAUCACAAGCUCCCCAACACCAAGGUCCGCGCCGGGACAAACGGCAGCAGCAACACAAACUCCCAGACCCUAAGCGGUUCUCAGAACCGCUCCGCCGGACCCCUAUAGCCCGGCACUUUUGCUCUAUGUGUCUCACGUUGUGUUCCCGAUUCCCAAACUGAACGCCGAACCGGCAGCCCCGCUUGCAACCCCCGGAACCUGCACUUUGGACCGGAAUAACGCUUUUACUGUGGAGGUAGAGAGGGAUGGAUGUCUUUGCAAGCCUGUAUGGCCCUGUGCUGAUGGUACACACUAUAACAUGAUGAUGGAGGGUGGAGAGGGAGAUUUCCCAUUCACACAAAAAAAAAGAAAAAUGUACGCAAUGAACAAAUUGAACGAGAUGGGCGAAGAAGGAGACUGUCAGAAAUGCAAGAAAUGAUGCGGUCGCUUCUUUGCUUUCAUCCCCGCCAUUCCCCCUCUGCCUCUCUUUCCCUGCUUUUUAUAUAUGUCUUUUUAUACCCACUCUAUCCUGCAUACGACGGUAGGCUGAAUAUAACGUGCUCGAGUGUGUGUGUGUGUGUGUGUGUGUGUGUGUGUGUGUGUGUGUGUGUGUGCGUGCGUGCGUGUGUGUGUGGUUUCUGUCCUUCUUUUUUUCCCCAUCCGGACAUUUUUUUUUUUUUUUUGGUGAAGAUGGAUCCUUGUUUUCAUCUUUAAUCAUGCCAAACUCGGGCCCCAUUUGUCAUGUUUACUCUGCGGGUACAAAGCAAAAGGGGUGAACCGCGGCUCUGCCCAUUACCCCACGCCCCCCCCCCCCCCUCCCCCCUACAGACACACACAUACCCACCCAUCCCACUCAAACACAUGAACGUAUAAUAAAUGGAACUCUCGUUUCGUCAAAAGAGGUAUUCUUGCACCCCUGCCACGCGCACACACACACACACACACACACACACACACACACGCACACACUUUCCGUAUCGAAUAUAAUAUCUGGUAUGACCCGCUGUUAUAAUAAUGGCUGUUGAUAUUCCUGGGUUUUUUUCAUGACCAACUAGCUCAUUGCUUUUGAACAUUUGAACCACAGUUGCUUUUGAAUUCAGUGUUGGCUGUGAAACGCUCCAUGCUGUCGUCGCUGAGAGAAUGACGAGCGUGUGUUCUGUAUGUAGUCCGUCUGAUCGUUCACGUUGUGAUCACGUCGUGUGCAGGGAGACACACGCACCACCCACCGGCCAGGGGUUUAUGAAGCUGCCGAAACAAAGGACACCGAUGUUCAAACCAAAAUCCUGGUACAACAAGCUUAAGAACACACACAGAAACGCAGCACUAUACAAUGUACUACCUAUUACCUCAGCUGUACUUAUAUAUAUAUAAUAUUAUUAUUAAUAUUAUUAUUUUGUAACCUUAUUUUCUCUGACUCGUCGAAAUGAAGUGACGGCUUUUCGAGCUUUUUAUAUUUUUCAAAUUGUGUGACGAGUUUAUUAUAAUAAUAAAACGUAUUAUUAUUACUACCUGCAACACAAAAAAGCGCUAUUCAUUUCUUGUACGUGAAGCAACAAAAAAUAUUUAAUUCUAAGUAAACGGUUCCAACCAGAGACAUUCAGAGAAGAGAGGAGCUUUUUCUUGCAUGUCCGAAUGAUGUCGAUUCCUUUUUCUAUGCCUUUUGCUCGUCGUCUCAUCUUUUUUUCUCUCCGCACAUUAAAUGCGCGCACACCUCUUGUCCUCCCCCUCUUCUCUCCUCCUCUUCCUCCCUUCGUCACUGUCUUUAUUCCGUAAAGUGUAUUUUUUAAAGUUGAUUUUAUAUUGUUACAUUCCAAAGAUCAGUUUCUUCCUCACUGAUGAUUAUGAUGUGUAUGAUAACUAAUAACGGUAUUGUUGAACACGUGUUACCUCCCAUGUAAGUGGCUCCUCUCUCUGCUUAUGCCCACUCAGUGUCUACCUUCUUAUUAUUUGUAAAUAGUCCAUUGGAAUUUAAAUAAAUGUCUGAAAAAAUGUUA